AUGGCUGAUCCUGCAGAAAAGAAUAUGCUUGAAAGAAUCCCAGAUGGUGAUAAUAUCGACAGGUUGAGUGAACUUCCGAACUGUGUUCUGCUUCACAUCCUUUCGCGUUUCAAGACAAAAGCUGCUGCAGCAACCUCAAUUCUGUCCACUAGAUGGAGAGAUCUUUUCGUUUCUCUUCCUGAUGUUCGUCUAAUUUACUGUGUGGAUAGUGAUGGUUCUGGCCGUGAUAAAUUGUUCUCUGAUUUUAUAGAUUUUGCCAAUAGAGUGAUUCGACAGCGAAAUAAGGCUCCAAUUAGAACGCUUGUAGUCGAUGUGAUGCAUUUUGUUAAAAGUUACCACCUAGCUUUUGAGUCAUUGUUGAUAUCUGCAGCUGCUGCACUUUCUUCUUGCAAUGUCCAACGACUCUUUAUUUCGGUUCGAAUGGAUAAAACGACUGAGCGAUUUUCUAUACCUAUUCCACCUGGAAUUUUUUCAUCUAAAACUCUGGUUUGUUUAUCAGUAAACUUUGAGGUGGAUUGGAAUGUUCCCGAUUUUGUUUGGUUGCCAAACCUCAAGCGUCUCUACUUAUUUCAAUUCAGAUUGGUAGAUGAAGAUUCUAUUCAGAGGCUUCUUCAAGGUUGCCCUUUGCUUGAACGUCUGAUAUUAAAGGUGCAUCCUUUCAGCUAUGAUAGCAAGAGUGAAGAAAGCAUUGAAGUUGAAGUUCUUCAUAUCUCGAGCCCCUCGUUGAAAAGCCUGGUGCUCUUUUGGAAUGCAAAAGUUGAAUUAGAGUUCACUGUUGUUGUGAAGUCGGAAAAUCUCGAGUCUUUGGUAUGCUUCCUCCAGGGGCAGCACAAAGUUACCAUAGAUGCCCCAAAUCUGAAGUCGCUGACUGUUGAGGGUCAUGUACCUGAUGUACACAUAAAUCAAAGUCUGGUAUCUAUUGACGAGGCAGUAGUACGAGCUGAAUUUCUGUCUAAUGUGACAAAUCACAGUGACUUAUUUUUACAUAGUCAGCGUGCUUUUAAGUUUCUUAGUGGGAUGAGCUUUAUCUUCCACCUAUAA